AUGUUUUUUUGCUGCUUGUUUCUUUUCUUGUGCUCAAAAAAGCGAUUUUUUACUGGGAUCCCUCAUUCCAACUUUGAGCUUUCCACUGUUAGAGCAUCCAUAUUUUUCCAGACCUAUCUUUCGAUUUUUGCGGUCGAUUUUUCCGUUUAUCCUCUCAGAUUUGCAAAGACCGAAACGUACGGAAUAUCAUUGAUGGAUAUUGGCGUCGGGUGCUACAUCGGAAUCAACGCCGCCAACGCUAGCUAUCGAAACCUUAGAGCGAAAAGCACCACGCAUUUGGCAAGCAAGCCUUCCACAAACUUGCUGCUGCGAAUUGGACCCCUUUUGGCGUUGAGCCUAUUGCGACUAAUUUCCCUCAAACUUGUCGGAUAUCCAGAGCAUGUCUCGGAAUACGGCAUCCACUGGAAUUUUUUCCUCUCCCUUGCUAUGAUUGCCUUAUUUUGUGAUCUCAUCCGCAGAUAUCUUCCGCCAUCGUCUUUUUAUUUUAUUGGUCUUGGCUUGGCUAUCUCUUUCCUAUGCGACAUCAUUUUCUAUCUUUUUGAUCUUGUUCCCAUCAUCCUGUCCAAUGAAAUAAGGCCCGUUCGCUUGGAUUCGUUUACCGACUUUGUCUUAAUGAAUAAGGAAGGAAUUGCUAGCUUACCCGGCUACAUUUCCAUUUACUUGAUCAUUUAUGGAUCGUGUUUUGGCAAUAAGAAGAUGUUUUUGACGCCAUUAUUCUUGAUGGCAUAUUUUUUCUGUGACGCCUUUGUUGCGACAGCCUCUAGACGUCUUUGCAAUUGUGCAUUUGUAUUUUGGGCCGUUUUUUUUCUAUUAUACCACUCUAUUCUCUCAACCACAAUAAGAUCGUGUUUGAAUGCUCCAUCAGAGCGGCCCAUGAAAGAAGGAGCUCCAAAAAUACCCAACAUCCAAUUUGGAGAUGCUCUUGUUGAGGCCAUCAAUUACUCGCCACUUGUUACAUUUUUAUUUGCCAAUCUGUUAACCGGCCUUGUUAAUAUGACCAUACAAAGCUUGUUUCUAAGUCAGGGUUUAUCGUGUGUACUUGUACUUUUGUAUGGCUGUAUAGUUGGAUGUGUUGGGCAUUUUUUGAAGCUCUAUUAUGCAAUAAAAUGA